AGCUUUGGGCGUUGUAUUUUGUUCUGAUUGGUCGUCAUGGUUCCCUACUCCGAUUUCACCACCGUUGCCAAUUACUCGGCAAACAAUAUCUGCGCUGCUGGAAGCUCUAAUCUGAGCUGCAACACGUUUCAUGAGGAAAAGAAGUCGGGCAACGGGGAACGCACGAUGCUCAAGCAUGAAUAUUGUUACGAUUAUGACGAGGAAUCUUCAACUGAUGCAUCGUCUUUAAGCCCUCCGUCUCUCACUGGUACUCCACGACGCCUUUCAAGUGUCCAGACUACCGCUUCCGACUCGGAUGCCGUGAGCGACGUUUCUCCAGUAUCCUGCAACAAGGUGCAGGCCUGUAGUCAAGAACACAAGAUUUCAUCAACUACUGCACGCCAUCAAGCUGUGGCUCCUGAGGUCCCCCAACGAUCUACUCCUGCUUUAAAGGAGCGUCUUGGGCGUGGUGUCCUCCCGAGAGCUUUUAGCAUCGUCAUCCAGCAUCUGGUCGGUAUUGGUUCUGGCAAGGAGCCGCUGACUCGGUUCCAUUGCGUUAAGCGCCCUGGUAUCGAAAUUGGCGAUUAUAUCAGACGAUUGGCGAAGCAUUUCGGUUGCAGCGAUGAAGUGUUUGUUCUCUGUCUGAUUUAUAUCGACAGAGCUAUCAAGCGUGACGAUACGUUUGCGGUGUCCGCUCUGAACGUACACAGGCUCGUUUUGACCGCUUUAACCAUAGCAGCUAAGUUCCAUGAUGACAUUUACUAUUCAAACGCUUUCUAUGCGAGGGUGGGAGGAGUGUCAGUAGCAGAGCUCAACACACUGGAGUUGACGCUUCUGAAAAUGAUUGAUUGGCGAUGUUUCGUAUCUACUGAGGAGUACCAAAUGUAUGAGCGAAGCAUCACCAUGACGCUACCUUGAUUGGCAUCAAGGACUGUAUUUUGGCGGCAUGAGUCUCUCCCACUUGUCGGCACUUCUGUGUGUGCUCGUGCCGAUGGGACUCAUGACCGCAUGCUUGUUUGAAUUGUUACAGUAUAUUACCAGCAAAUUCAUCAGCGACAGCAAGAAGGUGCUCUGGCCGCUGUAUCGCUAUCUUGGAUAUUUUCCCACAUUACCCAUCCUAGGCGAGGUUUUCGAUGAGAAGCAUGGAAGAGACGUAUCAUGUGAAUUUGAUCGAAGGGUUAUAGUCAUUCUUGCGCCUGUAAAGUUCCUCACUACGUUAUGAAUGGCUUCGCUCAAGAGAUCCUCUGUCGCUUCCUCUCGACUACUUCGAACCUGCGCUUAUGCGCCAAGCGUACAUUAUUAUACGUUGUGUGCUAAGCGCUCCUCUUAGUCUACAGCAGAUGGAGAGUGAUGAUAUCCGAGGUUUCAGCAUUCCCAUUCAGUAACUCUCCUGGUCGUGUCUGUAAUGUGCUGUUAUUUGAUGAUAAUUGAUCGAAUAUACUACGCUUUGUUUUACGUUCUCUUAGCCUCUCAAGGAUAGCCAAUGAUUGCUCAAUUUUCACCAUUAUACUUCUCGUUUACAUUACUAGCAAUCGAGGCGAUCCCUAUUGUCACUAUUCUAUGUGUUCCUUAAGUUCCUCCCUCCAUAGUAAACCUCCUCCAACGUCUUUUCUCUACUACUAUCGUACCAUGUCUGAGUUAGCACCCUAGUGCUAUUACUCGGUUCAUGGGUCUGUAUCCUCUUGGCGUGGUGAUUAUCAUUGGUUCGCGGAAGAAUUUUUGUCGUGGGUGACGUAUCUUCCAGCCCUUCUGUGGUGAGCCCGUUCCAUGCCCUGUAGUUCAUUAACACAUAUGAUCACUAUUGUCUGUGUGGCGUAUACAGUAAGCG